UCUACUACAACUAGCCCAUCUACUACAACUAGCCCAUCUACUACAACUAGUUCACCUACAACUUCUUCAAGUUCGACGUCUUCCACUACUUCAAGUACUUCCUCUUCUUCCCUGUCUUCUCUGUCUAGUGCUCCAUCGGCCUCUGCUGUUCCUGUGAAUGCUUUCCAAGACACAGUUGAUGACAUUUGGAAUAGAUUUUGGAGUGAGCCAAAUGCAGCUUGGUCAGACAAUGAUAAUAUAUGUGGACUGACCAGUUUUGCUCCUCUUGUUGUUUGGGAUCAGGCAGUUGUCGGUACUGCAAUUGUCAACACCUUGAACAAACCCAGAAUUGAUGCUACACUCACAAACCUUUUGCAAUACAAGAACAACGAAAAUGGAGCAUUUUCUGCUACAACAGCUGGAGAUGACGAUAUCUACAACGAUGACAACGCCCAGGCCGCUUGGGUAUUCAUUGACGCUUACAAAGCAACUGGAAAUACCGACUACUUAGACAAUGCCAAAGGCAUUGUGAAUUGGGUCAUAUCCCAAUGGGCCAGCAACGGUGGAGUGUUCUGGCACCUUAACAAUAACUACGUUGCCUCCAUUUCUACUACGGAAGCAGCCUUGGCAGCAGUAAGAUUAUACGAAAUUGAGCAAGAUAACAAGUUGUUGGAAUUUGCAUCCAACUGUAUGGACUGGAUGUUUGCCAAUCUUCAGGAUAAGAGCGACUACUUGUUCUACGAUGGAUUAAAUAAUGAUGAUUACAGUGACAUCAACAAGGGUAAGCUUACUUACUCUGUUGGCUGUGGUUUAAGCGCUAUGGCUUACUUACACUAUUACACUGGAAACCAAAAAUGGUUGAUUGAAUCUAAGAAUAUCGCUACGUCUGUCACCAAGGGUUCUGGUGCAUUUUACGGCAGUGACGGUGCUUGGAAUAACCAAUUACAAUAUGUUCAUUUAUUAUUCAUGGGAUUUGCAGAUCUCUUCAAAUAUAUUCCAUGGCAACCUGAAUUCGAUGGCUAUAAGACCGAAGUCUUGAAACAAGGUUCGUACGUCUACACCACUAAGCAGGACCCUGACGAUCCUAACAUGUACUUCAAUCUGCCAACUACGACUCCACAGAUGACCAAGAAAUACAAUGCUUUAUUUAACCAAGACGCUUCCAGCUCAGACACUGCGGCUCAGCAUUGUGAUUCAAAUGAGAACAAUCCAAUUCCAAAAUCCUUGAUGGACAAUGCUUCGGCUGCGCAAAUAAUGUUUGCAAUCUCCCAGAUAGAAUCUCCACAAUAG